UGUAACACACAUAAAACACACACACACACUCUUCCAGACACACACGUGCACGGUGUGAUUCACAGUGUACAGCUACAACUGAGAGAAUCCGAUCCUUUGUGCUCUUUUUUUAACCUCUUCUUACCCUCUUUCUCUCUUUUCCUCCCUCGUCGUCACUCUCUCCUCCCUCCCUCCCUCCCUUUUCUCCCUGGUGGUGUGUGUGUCUGUGUGUCUGUGUGUGUAUGUGAACAGUGGGGAUAACAGACGCUCAUGUGAGCAGCCUCAGUGGCGGCAGCAGUGACUGGCGAGAAAGAGGAGAGAGGAGAAGAGAGGGCAAGAGAGCGUGGAUAGCAAAACCACCACCAUCAUUCUGAUCGGAUUCACACCAGACAUGUGAGAAGAUGUCCGUGGGCGGCUGCGCGUGUCCCGGCUGUUCCUCCAAGUCAUUCAAGCUGUACUCCCCCAAGGAGCCCCCCAACGGUAGCACUUUUCCCCCUUUCCACCCCGGCACUAUGCUGGACAGAGACGUGGGUCCCACCCCAAUGUAUCCUCCCACAUACCUGGAGCCCGGAAUGGGGCGGCACACACCAUACGGCAACCAGACAGACUACAGAAUAUUUGAACUCAACAAACGACUACAAAACUGGACAGAGGAGUGUGAUAACCUGUGGUGGGAUGCAUUUACUACAGAGUUCUUUGAAGAUGAUGCCAUGUUGACCAUCACUUUCUGUCUGGAGGAUGGGCCCAAACGUUACACAAUUGGCCGGACGUUGAUUCCGAGGUACUUUCGGAGUAUAUUCGAAGGCGGUGCCACUGAGCUCUACUAUGUGCUGAAACAUCCCAAGGAGUCCUUCCACAAUAACUUUGUCUCCCUUGACUGCGAUCAGUGCACCAUGGUCACCCAGAAUGGAAAGCCCAUGUUCACACAGGUGUGUGUAGAAGGGCGCUUGUACCUGGAGUUCAUGUUUGACGACAUGAUGAGGAUAAAGACGUGGCACUUCAGCAUCAGACAACACCGUGAACUCAUCCCCCGCAGUAUACUAGCCAUGCAUGCCCAGGACCCACAGAUGCUGGACCAGUUGUCCAAAAACAUAACAAGAUGUGGCCUGUCGAACUCCACCCUUAACUACCUCCGACUGUGUGUGAUCCUGGAGCCCAUGCAGGAGCUGAUGUCCAGACACAAGACAUACAGCCUCAGCCCCAGAGACUGCCUCAAGACCUGUCUCUUCCAGAAAUGGCAGAGGAUGGUGGCACCACCAGCUGAGCCUUCAAGACAGGCACCAAACAAAAGGCGGAAGCGUAAGAUGUCAGGUGGCAGCACCAUCAGCGGAGGAGGUGGAACUAAUAACAACAACAACAACAAAAAGAAGAGCCCAGGCAGUGGCUUCCCUCUGUCCAGCCAAGUUCCAGAUGUGAUGGUGGUUGGAGAGCCCACGCUGAUGGGAGGGGAGUUUGGUGACGAGGACGAGCGUCUGAUAACACGGCUGGAGAACACACAGUUUGACGCGGCCAAUGGCAUUGACGACGAGGACAGCUUCAACAACUCUCCGGCGCUUGGCUCCAACUCGCCCUGGAACAACAAGGCCCCCUCCAGCCAAGAGAGCAAGAGCGACAACCCCACCUCACAGGCAUCGCAGUAGAGCCCAGAGCCCUGCAACCUCAACACAAACCCCUCCCUGCCACUCCUCAGACGCCACCCCGACAGCCACGAGUGCAACCGCAGCAGUCCAUCCAUCACAUUCAGUUCAAACACACACACACACACACACACACACACACACACACACAGGUGGCCCGCAGGAGCUCAGCAUGUCUCAGACAAUGUGACUGAGCCAUUGCUGUGACUCCCCCAUAUUUCGGCACUGCGCCGCACCUCUGUCUCCCUUUUCCUCAUCUCGCACUCAAAAUGUCCCAUCUGCUCUUGCAAAUUUUCAGUUUGGACAGCGACCAGGUAGAUGUGACUGAGGAGGCGCAGGGGUUUAAUCCAGAGGAGAACUGUGCACACUAAACUAUCCAUACUGAAGUUCACAUGAAGGGCGGGGGUAGAGGGGAUGGUGGCAUCGGGGCUUCGAGAUGGUGGCGAGUUGCUUAGGGACCACUUGUCCACCCGUCCUCUAAACAUGGCUCUCAAUUCUGCUCUGCUCUGUUGAGGCACAAGUCACUCGUAAUGUUUGUUAAUAGAGUAUAUGUGUGUGCGCGUGUGUGAAAUGUGUGAGGAGCGAAAAGAGGCAGUCUGAUCUUAUUUGUGGCUUUGCUAAAGCAGACGGACCAUAAUUUAGAGUCUGUGUAUAAAACCAUUGAAAUUAACACACUAGUAGGAGGGUUGAAAUGUGGCACUAGGGAAACAGACACACACCGAUACAUAAACACACAAAUCAGCAUAAUGAUUGAAGGAUUUUGAGUCCCAUAGGGCCAGAGCCAUCUCUGAUGAGACUACAAUGGAUGCAGUCGUUCAAACAGAGAGCAUUUGCAACACACACACGCACAUACACACAGCUACACAUUUUAAGAGUUUUUAUACAGUAUAUAUUUCCCUAGAAUGUUUUUUAAUUUGUAUUAAACGCCUUCAUUUCAAUUGUUACUUUUUUAUUUUCUACCAAUACUGAAAAGCUACAGACCAAGGAGCAACACAGGACUUUUAUCCCUUCCCCCUCUAAAAUAUAUGGUUUUUAUCUUUUAUGUUUAUAAAAGAGAAAUAAUUUAGUGUGGAUGUUUUUAUUUUGUCUUUUCGUUCCUUUUUUGGAGAUUUACAUUUUUGUGUAUUUGUGCUUGUAUAUUUAAGGUAGUAGCAAAGUUCUGUCUGACUGUAAUAAAAUGUAUUCUUACUUAGAUUUACCUAAAGCCAUCCCGAUCUAAUGUAAAGAAACAAAAAUAGGAAAAAGGUGAAAAAACACUCAUGAGCCCGUCCCCUCUAUCGUCCCCCCCCCCCAUCCUCCUUUUUAUAACUUGUGUAAAUUAAAUUACAAAACCUCCGGGGGUACAAUGGCACCAUGGAGAGAUCAUUUAACUUUUAUUUUAUUUAUUUUGGAAAUUUUGGGAUUCACACAUGUAUUUCAUCUAUACAGGAAGUGAUUUUUCACUUAACAUCACAAUUUUGUGUACUGCAACUUUCAACUUGAUGUCAAGUGAAUGUGCUCACUGAAUUUAAGCUAAAUGGUGAAUUUCAUAUUUCAUCACUUUUUUUGGUCUAAAUUGCCUUCAUUGGUGUCUUUCAUAACCAACAGCAUGAUACCAUCAAACAUCUUCUAAAGCCAGCUUAUCAUUAAGUUCAGUCUUCAUAUUGGGUAGCAAUGCUGUCUGUAAAGUCUGAUGAAACAGCUGAAGCGCUGUUUGUUUUGUACAUUUCCAUUUCCUUACAGUUGAUUCCAGCAACCGUUAUGAGUUUGAAUGGUGACUUGUACCUUUUCCAAUCCCUGUAGAAAAUCAUUGUUUGAUAUAUUUUUUGAUUUGGUUAGUUUCUGCCCUUGAUAAUUAAUGUAUGGUACCAAUAAAAAGAUACAUUUUCACUUUAA